UUACUGAAUACAAUUGGCAUCUCGUUUCCAGAUGUGGAUGAAUGCAGCGCUUCAAUUGCCGUGUGUGACGUCUAUGCCGAUUGUAAGAAUACUCGUGGCUCUUAUCGUUGUUCCUGUAAAACUGGAUUUAUUGGAGACGGAAAAACGUGCACCGAUGUGGAUGAAUGCAGCGCUUCAAUCCCCGUGUGUGACGUCAAUGCCGAUUGUAAGAAUACUCAUGGCUCUUAUCGUUGUUCCUGUAGAACUGGAUUUAUUGGAGACGGAAAAACGUGCACCGCACCGUUUGUAAGUGCAACAAACUCCUGUGCAAAUUUGUUAGUUAGUCAAACUAACACAGAUGGAGAGAUCGAGUCGAAUCCACACUCUGGGUCUUACACCAAUAACAUGGAUUGCCGGUGGAAUUUAAGUUCAAAUGCAGAGAUUGAACUUGCUUUCCUUCGUUUUAAUACUCAACCGUCUGCUGAUUUCGUGACAGUUUACGAUGGUGGAUCAUCUUCCUCUCCUCUGAUUGGUACAUUUAGCGGAUCUUCUCUCCCUUCAACCAUUCAAAGUUCAUCCACAAAUCUUUACGUAAGGUUUACAUCUGAUGGCUCAUCAACUUACCAAGGAUUUCGCGCACAUUACCGAGGUAUGAUGUCAUGCAAGAACAUUCUUAUUAUGAAAUGACAGUUAAAAUCUCUGUUCAGGAACCAGAUAUAAAAACUUGAACAAAGAACGAUUUUGUCAAAACUAAACUUAUUACAAAUUAAAAUUAUUAACACGAAGAUGUGGUCAUUGUGGCUUUUCAUAUAAUAUGUCAAAUUAUUCUCGCAUGUUGUGUAGUUCUUAUUACUCUAUUGUUCGAACUGUAAGUGUUAUUUA